AUGGACUUCCACGGAGACGCCGUUGGCUUCGCCCUCGAGUUCAUCCGCGAGCACCUGCUCGGCGGCGACGGCACUGUCCUCGACGAUGCCAUUGCCGCCUUCCCCGAACCGUCGCCCCCCGCGGCCGGACCGGUGGCGGCGUUCCCGUCUAUGUUCUUGCCACAGCAUGAGCUGCAGCAGCAAGAUUGCCACCACGUAGACCGAACGCGCGAGUAUGUGGAAUCCGCCGCUCCGGCGGCCGCUGAGGUGGUGAUGCUCAAGUUCGGAGGCGAGCCCUCCCCCGUGAGGCCGUCGUCUUCGCUGACCAUCACCCUGCCCCCGAGCUCGUUCGGCUGGGCGUCUGCUGCCGCGCCGGCCGCCGCCGCCCCCGGCGCCGUGGAGGACUUCCGCAAGUACCGCGGCGUGCGGCAGCGGCCGUGGGGGAAGUUCGCGGCGGAGAUCCGCGACCCGAAGCGGCGCGGGUCGCGCGUGUGGCUCGGGACGUACGACACGCCCGUGGAGGCCGCGCGCGCCUACGACCGCGCCGCCUUCCGCAUGCGCGGGGCCAAGGCCAUCCUCAACUUCCCCAACGAGGUCGGCUCCCGCGCCGGCGCCGAUCCAUGGGCCCCGCCGCCGCCGACGUCGCGGACGGCAGCGGAGGCGCCGCCAGCUGCCACCGCGACGAACAAGCGGAAGCGACAGUCGUCGGAGGAACCCAACGACAACGUCGAGGUGAUCGGAGUGGUAAACAGCAAGGCCGAAGCGCUGAUGACGUCCUCAGGCUCAUCGUCACUGUCAUCCUCCCUGUCGCGGGACACAGCGGCGGCGACGUCGUCAUCAUCGACGGGGACGUCGACUGGUUCGGAUCCCGCUGGCUCGGCUGCCGAGAGCUUCCCGGCGACGCCGUCGAGCUGGAGCUGGGAGCAGUACUGGGAAGGGCUGCUCGGUGGCCUGCCGCCGCUGUCGCCACUGUCACCGCACCCGGCGAUGGGGUUCCCGCAGCUCACCGUUAACUAA